CGCUUCUCCAGAGCGCCAGUGACCUCUGCUCCUGCGGGCACGGCGGACGGCGCUCCGGCUGCACGGGCACGGCGCACGCCGCGGACCCGUGAGACCUAUGGACCAUGCUCUACAAGACAUAUCAAUCGUAUUGUCAUCGGCUGCAGCACGACAUGUACUUUCUUACAAGCAAUAGCCGACUGAAUGAGCAAGUAGUUGAUAAAAUUGUUCUUCAGCUUAACAGAGUCUACCCCCAAAUUCUUACAAAUGCAGAAGCAGAAAAGUUCAGAAAUCCAAAGGCAUCACUCCAUACCAGACUUUCAGAUCUCAUAAAGCACCUUCAAAAGAAAGGAGAGAGACACUGCCAAGAGUUUUACAGGGCUCUACAGAUCAAUGCUGAACAGCUGUAUGAUGACCUACCAAGCAGGAAAGUCUUGAAAACCACAGAUUCCACAGAGAUAGACACUGACAAGGAGAAAUAUAUGCUAAAUGACAGGGGUCCGGUGUUUUUCCUCGCUUGCUUUAGCGUUGCUGCAGGAUUUGCAUUGUUCUGGUAUUGCUGUAACUCAGAUACGAAAGUCGUAGCAAGAGCCAGGAAAAUCUUGGGCUUUUCUCCUAUUAUCAUAGGAAGACACGUUAGAAAUAUUUGUAUGUUGUAUUUGGAAGACAGAUCAAGAAAUUAAGGAAAAGCUGCCUCUUCGCUUGACUGUACAGUAUGCCUGCCAAGGGAAGACAACAGUGCAUGAAUAUUAAUGUACUAUGCUCUCAUACCAAAGAUUUUAUUAACUAGCUUCAUCAGUAAUUACGUUGCCUCAAGAUGUAUUCAGAAUUUCAGCUAUAUAUGUCCUUCCUUAUGGGAAUGGACUAUUUAUUUUUGUAAAUGCUUAUUUUAAAAUAUCAUUGGGAUAAGAAAAAUAUUUUUAAUACAGACUUUAAAAUUACAUCAUAAGUGAUCAUGGGUCUUAAGCCAUGUUUGCAUAUGUGUUUUAUACUGGAAUGAAGGAUCACAACUGUUUAAAGAAUGCUAGCCUGUCUUUUGUGAUAAGUAACUUAAAAGAGGCACUUAAAAGAAACAAAUGCACUCAAAGCCUUACUAAGAAAUGUAUUUCCAUCUCAGGAUUGUCUGUUUUGUGUAGAUGCACUGCCUGAGCUCAGGUGGGCACUGGCAUCUACAAAGUGUAUCAGUGCCAGUCACCUCUGCGUAUGCCUCAUACUUGCGUCUUUCAAUUCUCCUUGUCAUGCCUCACCCCAGUCUGCACUGUUCAUGUUUGCACUCACCUGCUGGCUGUGGUUGGAAUGUGCUGGAGCUGGUGCAGACUGGUGCCCAUCCCGCAGAGGGUCCCAGGGACUGGAAUUUCUGAUCUGAAACACUACCAAGAAGAUUUUUCGGAUGUAUUUAGCUUUCCCAGUGAAGUGUUUUGCAGUCUUUGUAUUGAAGAAACUGAAAUGAUCCAAGAUACUGUGCAGGAACUUCAGUGCCAUGACGUGGGGCAGUUUUGUGGCCAGAAAUAUGUCUGCUUGAAGAGCCUGAGGUUGUUCACAGUGUCAUUUGAUGAGGUUGUGUUUUUCUUUUGUGAGUUGAAACCUGAAGAAUUUGCAGAAGUCAUUGUUAAGUCUGAAAUUCUGAAGGGAGAUGCAGAGCGUCAGGGCUGCAAGUGAAGAAGCUUGGAAUUUCUGAGCUUGCUGUUGCCUACCUCAGUACAAAUGGCCUUCAUCUUCUAGCUGGGAGAUGCACUAGUUCUGAACUGGCUGUGAGAACUCACCUUUUGAGUGGAUAGUUCUUCAGUUACCUGCUCAAGAGCAUAAGGAGCUUGGGGAAACCAUGUUCCUGUACUUGGUGAGAAAGAUGCUUUGUAGCUCUUCAUUCACUGACUGAACAAAGAGAUUUCCAGAUAAAAUCAAAUGUCACCUCAGAAUUUGCCGCUACAUCACAAGUUAUUAUGUGUUGGAGGAUCACAGGAGAAACUUUCAGUCAUUUGGAAUGAUUUUCUGCAAACGGUCAGACUGAAAAUUGUCUUCCAGCUUAAAACUUCAUGCUAUGAAAAUAUCAUAAUUCAAAGUGAGGCUGGAUGUGGUUCUGGGCAACCUGAUCUACUUGAAGAUGUCCCUGCUUAUUGCAGGAGGGUUGGACUAGAUGACCUGUGAAGGUCCCUUCCAACCCAAACUACUCGGAUCUUCUCCAAAGCAGGUCAUCUUGUAAUAAGUGUAUUUCCUGCCAGGACAACACUUGCCCGAUGUAGUAACAAGCAUUUAGUGCACAGGAAGAAUUGGGUACACAGCCAAAUUUUCAAAUAAAAGACCUGAAGAGUAUUUGUGGGAAAUGUCUUGAGAGGUGAAAAAGGGCUCAGAGGACCCUGAUUUUACUCUUCCAAUAAAAAGUUUUUACCUGUGGCACUGGAGUGUGGUUGGGACAUGAGCCAACCCCACAUGGAGGCAGCCACAGUAUGUUAGGUCUCAAGGACAGACAUGUCUUCAUGGCUGUCACCAGUGUGAGUGCAGCUCAUCUUGAAACACCCCAGUGAAAUCAGAUAGGCUACAGGGAUAACACUGCAGCCACACUGCACAUCAGCACAAGCUUUUUGGUUAGUAUUUAUGCUGACCUAGCUGGUAAGAUGUUGAUCCAGUUGCUCGGUUUACACUGUGGAUGGUGUCUCCACCAGCCACAUUAAAGCUGGUCUGGCUGUUACUGACACAACUACAGCCGCUCCCAAAGAGAGUUUUCCAUGCAGACCUGCAGAUGUGCCCCAAGAUCAGCACGAGGCCAGAGAUAGUAUAAACACUGAAUAGCCUGAUCGCUGCAGUGUAGAGCAGUGAGACGAAUGCCAUGUAAACACAGUAACAGCCAGCAGAACAGCUUAUUUAGAUUUCUUUUCCCUUGCCCCUUCCCCACCAGCUCUUGUGUCUGCUUGAUCUGAUCUCCACAGGGACUCUUGCUAGGGAGAAAACAGUGAUUGAGCCAAAUGCAUUUCCCAUAGCUUUGGCUAAGGGUGAGGCUUGGCUGCCCUGCUUACACAGUGAGCUACUGUUGUGCUGUCUUCAUCUUGGGGAGGGCUUUAAUUACAUUCUGUUCUUUAUUCCUUGCCUUGCCUUGUGUUUAAGUUGACAACAGGUUGUUGUUUUUCUCCAGCAAAGGAGGUCUAAUUUAUAACAUUUGGAAUGAAAUGUUCCUGUCCCCGCUGCUGCUUCCCUCCUAUAGCAGCUCCUUUUUAAGGGACUAGGAAAAAAAUACAUCUGAAAUCUAAAUGGGGUUUUAAAUCUUUGCCUUGAAGCCAACUUUUAAACCUCAUUAGAAGAAUGGUAUUCUGUUAUACACAAAAAACUUGAGUGUUCAGAGUAAUCACACCAGUCACAUCUCAUCCUUAAGCAGAAAGAGGCCUUAUUGCUGCUGAGCAGAUUAUUUUUAGAUUAUCCACCAUGCUACCCUUUGAAUAACAGGUUACAAAUUGUUGUGGGCUGUUACUGAAACCUACAGAAGUUAUCAGUGCCUUAUUUAAUAUGAAGGUGAAAAUCUGCUGUACUGACUCAUCCAGGGAUGCCCCUUUGGGCUGAGGAACCUGCCUCAGGAGCACACUGGCUGUGCAGCAGGACAUGGUCCUCCCAGUUCCUUAACCAAGUGGCUUUUUUGAGCCUUGAAAACCAUAUGGACUAGGAUUGUUUAUUAAAGGUUAUGGUUGUUUCUUCCCUUUCUGAGAUUGCUCAAGAUAAGGAUACCUCUUGGGGAAAAAAACAAUAAUCUGGGAUGAGCUAUUCAGGGUUAACUCAGGGUUAGGGCUGGGAGGAGAGAGUGAAAUAAGUCUAGUUAGUUAAAGGACCUGCCACUAAAGAGUAGAAAAUAAUCCGUUCCUUUACUAGUGCUAGUUAUUAAUUUAAAAAGUAAAAGGUUAGUCAUACAAUUGGCAAGUGCGUAGGCUGGGACAUGUCCUUUUUCUUGGAAGGUGUUUCUUUCAGAAGCAAAUACCAAGCUUUAACGCAGCUCUCCACAAACACAUCUGUGCAGCACAUGCAGGCAGCACAUGAAGUUUUAAUUCCAUCUUGAGUUCCUGCAGAAGCCUGUAUGUACCGGCCUGGGAGUCAGGUCUUCUGAGGCAAUCAGUGUUACUUGGAAAGAAAUCAAGUAGGGUCUUGGAUAAGCCUGUCUAGCUGCAGAAUUCCAGAUUCCCUCUCAAGUUAAGGAUAGAAUUGCUGCUGACACUGUACUGAUGUUUAGGUAAGUGCUUUACUUCAUGUGUGUGGAAGUUGCCCUGGCUACGUAAAAUUCAGUAGGUGGUUACGUGUGCAGACGUUAGAGGCCAUCCAUGUGGAUGCCGUGGUUCUUGUGCUGCAGACUAUAGAUGUACAGGAGUUAAUAGAAAGCAGCCAUGCUUUCAGUGUAUCUUCUCACCUUGUGCAGCACUGGCUGAAGAAGUAGGAUGUCUUGUUUUUCCCUGCAGCAUUGUGCAGUUAGAUGCAUUAUCGGCGAAGGAGCCAAGCGGCUGCUGCGCCAGCGAUGCUCCCGGAGGGCUGGAUGUGGCUCUCGGGAGAGGGCUGAGCAGGGGGGCGCUGAGGUCUCUAGGAGUGUGCUGGUUAUCAGGCAGUUGGCUCCUUUGCCAGCCUUGACCACGCUCCACAGAGGUGCCUGGAAUGAGGACCUGCUGCGGUCCCCACCAGGGACUGUCCUGCACUGCUGUGCAACCCGUGCAGAAGUCCCAGGGGAAGAAGGAGAUGAGCUCCUGGCACUGAGCAUCCACCUUUCCUUGUGCUGGGAUUUUAAAUUGCCAACGGGCUUUUUGGUGUAGCGUGAAAAGGCAGUGUUUGAACGGUGUUUCCAGAAACAUAUAUAAUAUACAGAAUAUGGAGUGCAGCAGUAAACAGUAAGAAACGAUUAGCAGUUAUUUGUGUUUUUGCACAAAUGAGAGGAAAUUUUAAGUGAGGUCCAGUAAUGAAGAAGCAGGACAAAUGAGUCCCUGUGACCAAAACUAGACAAAAGAUGGCCUACAGCUUCUGUUUGUCUCACCUUUGCUUCAGCUAUAGAGGAGAAAAAAAAAACAAGGCACAGCUAUCUCUGCACACUGCAAAGGAAGACCACUGUUGUGCCAUGGAGUACACUGGUUUGCUGCCAAGCAAGUGAAAUAAAGGACAAUGUGACCACAUCAGAACCGAAGGCCUGAUGUUUCACAUCACAAGGAAGUGAUAAUUUGACACAAAAACAAAAGGCAUGGAGAAUGGGAAGUCCUGUGAAGUGCCACCAAUUGAUAAUACCUUCUUUGAUGAGCUCUCUGAAAAUCAGUUAGUUUCUGCAGAAGUGGAAAUGCCAGUAUUCCAGAAACCCAAUGUCCUUGAGUCAAAAUCAACCUUUCCUUAGAUGCUGAACAGUUUAAAUAUUAACACAUAGGAAAAUUCCAGGUACACAAAUAUGCUGCUUGUUGGAGACUAGAGAAAGCUGCUUGGUGUGUCCAGCUUCUUCAGAGUAUUUCACCCCCUCCCCAUCGUGUCCAAGUGCAAAUGGCAUCUACAAUGAAUGCUUCAGGUCUCUGAAACACAAAAUAAAGAUAUUGAGAUGUUAGUGAUACAGGAAUUACUUGAAUAAAGAUUAAAUCUUCAGUCUAACAGACUGGAUGCAGUAUACUGCAAAACUUUCAUAAAAGAACAGGCAUUUGGAGGAAGCAAAACAGUAUUAUUUCCCUUCUUGGCUUAGUCAGCAAUGAGGAAAAGGAGUGGCUAAAAUAGGACAACCUUUACACUUCCUAUGCGUGACACAUGGAACCCUGACAAAGUAGGAUGCUGCCAUCAACUUCAGAACUCUACAUUUACAAAAACACUGUAAUUACAUAGCAGUCUCUAAUCACUUCUGUUUUUGCAGCAGUCAGAAGUAAACUCCUUUAUCUGUGAAGGAUAGAACUGUAUGGGUAAGUUGGUGGCUAUUUUUAAAGCUAUGCCCUAGCAUGCAAAGCAUUCUUGUAUGCUAUGCCCUACUACCUGAGGGUGCAGAGAGACCAUACUCACCUUUUACUUACUGUUUUGAAGCUGACUCAGCAACUGGCUUCUGCACUCCAAAGGCAGUGAUAAAAAUAUUCACAACUACUAUAAUGAAUAUUAGUCCAGUUGCAAGGUUGUUGAGGAAAUUCAGCUUUCCAUGUUUUGCAGGGUUGUUAAGGUCAUAUUUUACUUCAAAGAUAAAGGGGAAAAAAGUUUUAGUUAUAUGUAUUAUAUGUUUAAUUAUAUGUAUUUCAAAAUACAGAAUAAAAGUCUUCACUACUCAUGCAGUUCAAGAAUUUCUUACACUAUUUGCAUCAGUCAUACUUAAAAGGGAAGUGAAAUUCUGCAGUGUCAGUAAAAGUGCUAAGCAGAAGAUCUUUAACCACAAGGAGCCCAUUAGCUUCCAGUAACUAACAUAUAAUCUCUGUGGAUGCACAUGGGAAGUAACGGAUACACAGACAU